UAAUCAAUUCUUGGGAAAUUGGAGGGAACAACCGAGAGUGAUGGCGGUCCGGUCUGGUUUAACUAUCGAAGAGGAUGAACAUCAACAAGAAGAGUUUGUCGGUCCGACGCACCAUCCAUCUGCGCCUCUUGAUGAGUUUUUUGAUGUAUCGACAACAGUUGAUCCGAGUUAUAUAAUAUCGCUGAUAAGAAAGCUUCUGCCUUCUGGUCCUGGUACUAAUAGUAAUUGUGAUGGAGUUGCUUCUGAUGCCCCAAACCAAGGAUCGCCUACCUGUACCGAAGAAGGGAAUGCAGCCUCCACGUCUAAAGACGAGCAUUUUGAAUCAUCAAGGAAAAAAUCUGAGAAUAUGGAUGUUGAUAGUUCUGGUGAAUUCUCUCAUCAGCAAGGAGAACUUAGAGAUCUGUGUAAUGGACUCGAACAAUCUGGUGCCUCAGUGGGAGAUGAAGCCUGGGAAGAAUAUGGUUGCGUUUUGUGGGAUCUAGCUGCCAGUAAAAUGCAUGCAGAACUCAUGGUGGAGAAUCUCCUACUCGAAGUUAUUUUUGCAAAUCUGAUGGCUUGCAAAUCCCUGCGUGUUACUGAAAUUAUGAUAGGAAUUUGUGGUAAUUUAGCCUGUCAUGAAGUUCCGAUGAAACAUUUAGCCUCGACUAAUGGACUGAUUGAGAUAAUUGUGGAUAAAUUGUUUCUGGAUGAUCCCCAGUGCCUGUGUGAAGUAUGCCGAUUGUUAACCGUGGGCCUUCAGAGUGGUGAAUCUAUCAAAUGGUGUGAGGCAUUGCAGUCUGAACAGAUACUAGGCCGCAUCUUAUGGAUUGUAGAAAAUACGUUAAACCCUCAGCUUAUAGAGAAGAGCAUUGGGCUUAUUCUGGCUAUAUUAGAAAGUGGUCAGGAAGUUGUGGAUACUCUUCUUCCGCCUAUGGUGAAGCUGGGUUUAACAAGUUUAUUGAUUAGUCUCUUGGAUUUUGAGGUGAGCAAACUAAUGAGUGAAAGAAUGCCUGAAAGGUACUCAAUUCUGGAUUUACUUCUUCGAGUAAUUGAAGCCCUUUCUGUUAUAGAUGAUCAUUCUCAGGAAAUAUGUUCAAGUCAAAAGUUAUUUGAACUAAUCUCUUGUCUCAUUAAGUUCCCAGAUAAAGUUGAGGUUGCCAGCUGUUGUGUUACUGCUGCAGUUCUUAUUGCAAAUAUUUUGGCCGAUGUAACUGAUCGAGCUUUUGAGAUAUCACAGGAUUUAUCUUUUUUAGAAGGUCUGCUUGACAUAUUCCCUUUUGCUUCGGAUGAUAUGGAAGCAAGAAAUGCACUAUGGAACAUAAUUGCAAGGGUAUUAGUUAGAAUUCGAGAGGCUGAGAUGAGCCCGUCAAGUGUAUAUCGUUAUGUUUCAGUUCUUGCGGGCAGAGUUGAUCUGAUUGAAGACGAGCUUCUUAACCAACAGUCAGAUGAUUCUAGAGAUGGGCAUGAGAGCUUCCAUCCUCCGGGCUCAACAACAGAUGCUAGAACUACAUCUCUCAGGAGGAUGAUCAGCAUCUUGAAUCAGUGGGCUGCUGCUAAGGAUUAUGAUAAUGAUAAAGCGAAUGCCGCAGUUGUAAAUGAUAGAGAUGUACAAAAAUUGUUGAACUGCUGUCAUAAGUAUUCCAAGUAGAACUAAUUUCUCUGUGAUGUAUUGUUGACUUCGGUAAAUUACAAUAGUUUAGAUGAAUUUUGAGAAUUAUUAAUCUCUCAAUGUUUGUGUUUGCUCCUGGUC